AUGCAAUUUUUUCCAGGGACGGUGAUCGGUUUCGUAGUUUCUUACCGAACCUCAAGUGCUUAUGAGCGAUACAAUGAUGGGCGUAAACAAUGGUCUUCAAUCAUUCUAGCUGGACGCACGUUCGCUCGUCUCAUCUGGUUGCAUUGUCCUGAUGCGCCUAGGCCGUUCGAUCCGAAGGAGCCUCCCACUGAAGAGGAGCGCCUACGGUCGAUUAUAGAAAAGAAAACAAUCAUCAACUUGGUUGAAGGCUUUGCUGUUAGCUUGAAGCAUCACCUACGCGGGGAACAUGGAAUCUACUAUGAGGACUUGUAUCGUGCUGUUAAAGAAUUAUAUGUGAUACCAGAUCUGGCGUGUUUUCUACCCAAGUAUGCUUCUCCUGCUGGACGUCUCAUCGAUCGACAUAACCUUGAUUUCACCUCCACCAAAACCUGCGCUUCAGCUGAUCAGCCUAUGGAGACGAAUAAUGCCAAUUGCGAUGGAACGAUUGAUACACCUCAGACUGCUUCCACCCUCUUUGAGCCUGAAACCCAUCAGAAUAGCGAAAGAGUCAACGACAAAAGCCUACCUACCUCUAGACAACAGACUUUGAGACCACACGUGAAUGGAUCCCUGAAUCCUUUCAAGCCAGAUCGUGAACUUUUGCCUGCUUACAAUCCACCCAAGAGUAGUUUUGUGGAAAUCUUCCCAAUCUGUUCAAUAUUUCGAGCUCUUUGGAAGGUAGAAGUGUUUUUUUGCAUGAUUGAUAUCAAGAUGAAUGACUAUGUAGCAAAACUGCAACUAUGUAAAGUGAUCGACGUACCCACAGUAAACUCGCUUCUUGCAUCAAUAUUAACAAUGUCAGAUUGCUUGACAAAUUUGGAUAAGAUCUUAACAACCCCAAUCCCAUAUGGAUACAUCGUACAUUUGAAAUUAGUUAUAUGGGGUUACCUCAUCUUCUUACCUUUUCAACUUGUGAAUACAUUUGGUCUUUGUACAAUUCCAGCUACUGCUCUUGUUGCAAUUGCAUUUUUAGGUUUUAUGAGGGUAGGUCAAGAAAUUGAGAAUCCAUUUGGAUAUUAUCUGAAUGAUCUGGAUAUGGAUUAUUUCUGUCACCAUCUCAUUGCUCCUGAGCUUGCAAAAAUUACAGCUUGGCCACCACCUGAUCCUUCCGAGUUCAUAUUUUCUCCUUCCAACAUUCCUUUGCUUGAUAAUCGUGAUUUACGCUCUGGUGUGGAUCUCCUGAAUUCAGGUUUAUCAGCUGAUCAGCUUCAGAGAUUGUUGAGCACUCGUCAAUCAUCAAUGAGUCCUAUUGGUACAGUCUAA